CUGCAAUCAGCACUCCCCAGCAGGAGUUGAUGCUGCGUAAUCUACACUUACACGGCUACUGCUACAUGCAUGCUAGUUAUAAUUCAAUAGCAGCGUGUAUGUCUAUAUUAUAGGAACAAUGCAAUCACUGUGUCUAUAUACCUUAGAAACAGACCUGAUCGCAACAGUUUGAAAUUGUACCGCACAUGGAAGGUAAAACUCUACCAGUACUCGAUAGCCUUGCGUUGCAGGAGCGAUGCUAGAUGAUGAUGGGAAAUCGUCUAUAGGUUGUCACGAAUCUGAUUUUAACAGACCAUCAGCGUCAUGACUGUCUUGUUCCGCUGUUCUUUGUAGUUUGUAUGACGUGUAUUGUUUAUCCACUUUUUAGUACUGUAUUCACGCGGCAAUAUUAAAUCACUGCACUAGUAGUUUGCAAAGUUGUUGGUCGCAUUUAUCCGGUCGCUAUAAAGUAUACAUAAUUAUGAGUGGAGAGCAAAACCAAGACUGGGUAGUGUAUGAUAAGACCACAGAUGACGAAGACUGUUUCUUCGAAGCGUUCAGACCUACAAGACUAUGUGGCCGAGGGAUCGACUGGGUGCUUGUGAACGCUGUAUGCGGUGACUGCACCUCUUCUACACCGUUCGUCACUGGAAGGUUACAAGAGGCCCUCCAGGCUGAGUGGGUCGCACGCCAAACAAGAAUCCUCGAGGAACCAGCCACAGAUGGUGUGCAAAUAGCACCAAGAAGUCAGAAGCUGGAACUUGAACAAUUACGGAGGCAGCAAAAGCACACAGAGUGUAGCAGCAGCAAGAGUACUCAAAGCCUGGAGGAACAUAGAGAUACCUCGCGAGUGUGGUACAAGCACAAAGGACGACUACGUAAAGAAAUGGACUCUUUGGGAGAAAAGUUCAAUUGCAAAGAAGGCAAGUUUGUCAUCUUUGCGCCUGAGCAGGAUGCAGACUUUAUCUGGAUGCAGAUCAUACGGGCGACGCUAGAUAAUAGGUUGGGAACGAGAGCACGUACUCGCAGUACUACGGGCGCCGACAAGUCGCGUCCACCAGGAAGAAAUGGACUCGAAACUGUUGGUAGAAACACUUUUCGGGAUGACGGGAAGGUAUUUAUAAUUGAGGUUUAUAGCGCUAAUUACCUCGAUUUGGAGGACGCGGCAAGAGUGCGACAAAGACUCAGUGAAAUGAAAAUCGGCAUCGACAUUGCAUCCUUAUCAUACAAGCCCGAGAUAUACUCUCAGUUGGGUAUAUACUCUAAUAAUCGGUGGGGUCUCCCACCCACUAGACCCAUAUAUGUAUCUAAAUACAUUAAAUGAAUAGAACCAACACCGAAAUCUUCAAUUGAGACUUUUCGAUCGCACGGUUACAUGUAUACGGGCUAGACCUAUUGGCGGCAUCGUUUCAGCAAUACAUCAGCAAUAGAUUUCUGGGCGGCGAUUUUGCGGCAAGCCACCCUCGUCCACUUCGAGAUUUGGUCACUUUGCGGUCUAAUCGGUUCAAACCUAUCUGCCGCCCAAUCUAGCACUUCACAAGCAUCUCUCUGCAUUAAACACAUGCGCAAGACUUGAUAUCCUCGUAUACAUGUAUCGUAACGAAGUAAGUUACACCCACUUUUGCUUCUAACUACGAUGUGAUCAAUCGCCGACUAUUUUCGUGCUAGACAUGGUAUAUUCUGCCACAUCUACUAUUAUACAACUAGAGGAUUCGUCAAUAAAUAAGGAGGCAGACAACACGCACAAUAUUGUACUGAGCUAUGACGGGUACGGUGCCGAGAACAUCCACCCAUGUCUCCCACCUUCCGUACGUUUUAUGGCACGAGUGAAUGGCGUCCAUUGCCCUUUGCACGUGCACACGCAGCCCCCAUGAAGCACGCUCGUCCCUUGAUUGUACGUGAGAAUGGCUUCAGAUGAGACUGGCGAGAGUUGUGCAUCUGGACCGCACGAAUACUGUGGCCUUACGGGACGAGCAUGCCUCCUGACGUACGAUGCUGCCGUAAGUCUCCGUCUAUGCUAGAUAUGCGGACAUGAACUUUCAACGCGUAUGCUUGGAUGAACGCUUCCUCCUGACGAGUACCUACAAGAUAUCGAAACCUGUGUAUGCGCCACUGUACUGCAAUAUGGUAUCGGCAUACUAUGAAUCAGCGUCCAUAACGGUGGGCGAAUUAUCGCCAUCAGGAACUGGUACUGCUAGCUUGUCCAUGGUUGGUUCUGCGUCUGACUGUUUCGCGGCUGCUAGCUUCGCGUCUGUUCUGUGCAGCUCCUCCGCUUCCUUAAUCAAAUUCAGAAAGUGAUCGCGUUCACCGGGAUAGAUCUCGUCCAUCGACUGGCUCAGCGUUUGUUUGAAGGUAGCGUACGCAUCCACUUUGGCGGUGGUGUUCUUCAGAUUGGCCUCUGCGCUUCGCACCACUUCGCUGGUGUACAGGUCGGGAUUCCAGUCGUGGUCUAUGCACCUGAAGACAUCAAGGGGAAACUGAACAUUCACAUCUUUGUUCUGGUCGAUUGUCUUCAAAUGCUCAAAUACCUUCCCCCUGAAAAAGAAAAAGACGAAAAUACAAGCAGGUCAUCAGAUAGCAAGUAAGACAUACGAGACCGUGC